AUGAACGCGUUUGGUGGCGGUUUCAACCAGAGCAAACCUGGUGGCUUUGGCCAGCAGGCCCAACCACCGCAGGCGGCAUUCGGCCAGCAGCCGCAGGCAGGAGGCUUUGGACAACAGCCGCCGCAGCAGGUCGGCGGCUUCGGCCAGCAGACGAGUGGAUUUGGCCAACCGGCUCAACCACAAAGCGGAUUUGGCCAGGCGGGUAUGUCUCAAGCAGCGGGCGGUUUUGGUCAGGCGCAGCAGCAGCCAGUCACCGGCUUCGGGCAGCAACCGCAGGGUAGUGGAUUCGGGCAGCAGACGGGUGGAUUUGGCCAGCAGUCGCAGCAGCAGCAAGGCGGCUUUGGCCAAGCGGCGGCAGGGCCACAGGCUGGGAUCUUUGGCCAGCAACCGCCGCAGCAGAUGAGUGGCUUUGGUCAACAGCCUCAGCAGCAGAUCGGCGGAUUCGGCCUGCAGCCCGCCACUACUAUGGGGGGCUUUGGGCAGCAGCCGCAACAGGCAGGUGGAUUCGGGCAGCAGUCGCAGCAGCAGCAAGGCGGAUUCGGACAGGCGGCAGCUGGUGGCUUCGGUGCGGGGCGAGGCGGCGCUGGCUUCGGUGCGGCUGGCGGCUUUAAUCAGCCAGCAGCGCAGGGCGGAGGGUUUGGUGCUUCUCAGCCUGCCGUGAAUGCCUUUGGGCGACCACAGCAAGCGCAGGGUGGAUUUGGUACCCAGGCCACUGCUGGUGCUCAGUUCGGCGGCGGACAGGGGACGGGUGGCUUUGGCACUGCUCCUCAGGGCAGCUUCGGCUCACAGCAGCCGGCACCCGGUGGCUUUGGUCAACAGACGGCUACCGGUGGCUUCGGCCAGUCCGCGGCACCAGGGGGCUUCGGCACUGCACAACAGACUGCUGCUGGCGGGUUCGGUGCUGGACGCGGCACUACCGGCUUUGGCGGGCCGCAGGCCACCGUCGGUGGCUUCGGCGCCGGCCGCGGGGCCACCGGCUUCGGACAGGCUGCGCAGGGUGGGUUCGGUGCGCAGCCGCCAGCCGCCGGUGGGUUUGGACAAGUGCAGCCGCAGGCAUCCGGCUUCGGAGCACCGCAGACGACGGCCGGGGGCUUUGGGCAACCUGCUCAGGGCGGCUUUGGCAGCGGUGCUUCCCAAACCAUUACUGGUGGUGGAUUUGGCGGGGCCCAGCAACAACAGCCGCAGGGUUCGGCCGGCGGGUUCGGAGCUCAGCCCGGUGCCGCAGGCGGCUUCGGACAGGCCACCGGUGGCUUUGGAGCUCAGCAGCCAGCUGCUGGCGGGUUCGGCCAAGCGGCGCCGGGCGGCGCCUUUGGCCAGCAGUCGCAGCCCGCCGCGGGCGGGUUUGGCGCAGGCCGCGGCACCACCGGCUUCGAUGUCGGGGGCGGCUUUCGCGGCUCACAGCAACAGGCGCAGCCCGCCGCAGGUGGAUUUGGGGCCCCGAAAGGCGCGGCAGGUGGGUUUGGGCAGGCCUCUGGUGGCGGAUUUGGUCAGGCAGCGAGCGGCUUUGGUGCCCAGCAGCCGAAACCUGGCGGCUUCGGUCAAGCAGCCCCCGCCACUGGUUUCGGCCAGGCUGCCCCCGCCACUGGUUUCGGCCAGGCUGCCCCCGCCACUGGUUUUGGCCAGGCUGCCCCCGCCACUGGUUUCGGUCAGCCUGCCCCUGCCACCGGCUUCGGCGCUCAGCCGCCGGCCGCUGGCGGCUUUGGGCAUGCGCCCGCUGCAGCAGCACUUGCCAAUGCGCCGGCCACUGGUGCUGGCGUGAACGUGGGCCGUCCCACUGACUUGGCGUUCAUGUCCCUUCCUGACUACAACGCAACGCCGUAUGGCAACGUGCUGCUCUUCGACUCAUACGAGCGGCCUCAGGCGGUCAAGAAGACGGCGAAGACGACUGACGAUGACUUGAAGCCCGUUGUUCCUCCAGCCCGUCGGGCGAUGCACACCUGGAUGGUGACGCAGAUGCGGGUGCCUGACGAGAACACGUUGAUGAAGCAAGUGCCAGCGUCCCUCGCCUCGAGCGCUUUGUCGCCAGUGGCGCUGAAGGAGAUGCUGGUCCCUGCGGUGCAGCUCGGCAGCGCCGCGGCAGGAGAGCCCGCCGGGGCGCAGAAGCGGGUGACGCACGACUUGCCACGGCGGCCGUCGCCUACGACCGUGGAUGCGCCGAACGUCAACGCCGCCGUUCCACGGUGCACCGACCCCGAGUAUACCCUGGAGCCCAGCCUCGCUCAGCUGGCCACCUACACCCCCGAGGAGCUCCGCCGCGUCUCACGCUUCAGUAUUAGUCGUCUCGACGGCUCGUGUGAGGUACGCUUUCUGGAGCCGGUGAACCUGGUGCGCGUCGACGUAGCCUCGGUGGUGCACCUCGGCAGUGACGGGCACGUUGCAUUGUACCCUGACGGCGACGCCCCGCCCUUGUCGAGCGGGUUGAACGUGCGAGCCGAGGUGCGGGUGCGCGACCCCACUGGCGAGGCCAUGGAGGACAUCGCCCGCUACUGCGCGGAAUCGCGCGCCCGCUUCGUGGGUCACCGGCAGGGGUGUUGCGUCUACCGCCUGAACGACAACAGCGCCGCGGCUGGCGCGUCCCGUGGGGUUCUUGGGCAGGAUUCAAGCGACACCGCCCCGCUCUCCAUCAUCCACGACGAGGAUGAGCACUCGCACGACCUCGACCGCUCGAGUGACGGCAGCGAGGAGGAAGACACGUCCGACGUGCGCAGCGUCGAGCAGCCACAGGCGGCCACUGGUAGUGGAGGCGCACUGGCGAUUGCCAAUGCUGAAGUUCGCACGUACACGGUGCCGCCGCCACCGGCGACGCGAAAGCCAGUGGUGGAGCGGCGCAUGGCACUGGCUUCGGCUGCUGACUUCGAUCUGCCGUACGUCCUGCCGGACAUGAGCGUGAAGAGCAAGUGCGAGCCGUUCUCCGUGAAGUUGGGCACAUCACGCCGCACGGCUGAGCCGCGCGUGUACUACGUACGCGCGCAGGAGUCGGUCAUCCAGCGCACGUACGUCAACCAUCCACCGCGGUUGCAGCCCUCGGAGCGGACUAUUCGCGGCAUGCUAGCGAGGAGCGUGCGAGCCAGCUGGAGCACCGCCGGCAGCGUUGCAUUCCCGUCGCACGCCGAGUUACGCGACGGGGCGGAGGCGGCUGGCGCGGUACCAGAGGUGAUGGGCGCCUGCGCCGUUGCGGCCACUCCGUUUCACUGGCACAAACCGGCCCACAAAGCGCUCACCCAGUGCGCUGUGGCGCUGCUUCGCCUGUUUCUGCAGCACACCGACGUGACAGAGGACGCGGCGUGUCCGCUGGCGUCGAUUCAUCUCCACCGCAACAAGAGCCACAACACGCUCUCGGCGGAGAAGCUGAAGGUGGCGUCCAGUGUCAUCGAAAGCGUGAUCUCGGCAGCGGGCAAGGCAUCUCUCUCUCGCGUAGAGCUGCUCUCCACGCGGCAGACCUGCACCGUCAUCUCCCUUCUCUCCGCCCUCUACGCCCUGCCUGAGGCGGACGCCGCGGUCCCGAACGCGAUGGAGGAGGCGCGGUACCUUACGCAGCUGCGCCAUCGCAACUUGGCUGGUUGGCUGAAAACGGAGCUCGCUGCCUUCCUCGACAGCUCCGCUACGCGUGCGGUGAAGUUGUCCCCUGCGGAGGAACUGGUGCAGGCUAUGCUGUGCCACAGGCUUCGCGAGGCCCGUGCCUCCGCUCAGUCGGUCGCGAACGCGGAGCUGGCGCGGGUGGUGCGCGUGUGCGGGGAGGGGAACCAGUUUGGCGGGUACAUCGAGAUGGCGAAGAGCGGGUUCAAGGACGGUGAGGAGGUGCGUCAGCGUGUCGUGAGCCUCCUCUCCGGUAAGGUGGAACCCUUCAUCCGUGAUGAGGAGUACACGGGUCUGCAGGAAGACUCGGCCGAGGUACGUGCGACCCCGACGGCGGCCACGUGGAAGCAGCUGCUGGGCAUCUUCACCUUCUACGGCUGUGUCCCGGAUACGCCCGCCGAGGACAUUAUUCAUGCCUUCCUCGAGCGGCUGCGCGCACCGUCGUCGCGCAAGCUCAAUCCUCUACCUCCGUACGCCGAACGCGUUGACACCGCAGCGCUGCGGACGCACCGUGGGAAAGAUGUUGUGCGGCGCGGCAACACCUUCCAAGAUGCUGCGCUGCUGCUCUUGGAGGGAUUCGCCAACGGAUCGGCUCCCCCAGCUGCCUGCCUGCACCCCCACGCGUCGAGCUACUCGGGCGCCGACUACCUCACUGCCUUCGUGAUUGUGACUGCGCUCCGCGCUGUCCAAGUACCGAGGGAGCAAGCCUACAGAGAUGCGGAGCUGUCGGUGCUUCUCGGCAUGACGGCAGAACUCGAGUGCAACGACGAGACGUGGUUCUGGGGCCUCCUUCCUCUGCACAUGAUCGAGUCGCCCGCCAACCGUCUCGACGCCGUGCGCGCGUUUUGCAAGCGCAACGCCAUGCGUGCCAGCGCUCAGAAGCAGGUUGGCGAGCCCCAGGCGGAUUACGUUAGAUUAGUAAGCCUGAUGCGUGUGAACGAGGGCUGGUUGGAGCCGGUUGUCGCCCCUCCAGAGGAGGAAAGGAGUGCUACAGAGAACAUGCCGAGCGUAAAGACGCACGCCGCCCUCGAGAGGGCACUGGCAAAGCUGGCGAUAGAGGCGUGGUAA